AUGCCAGAUAUACUUCAAUUGAUAGUCAAUCAGACAUCUCCGGACAACAAUGUUCGUAAACAAUCGGAGCUUGAGUUUAACGAAACCGUGAAAAAUAACCCAUCAGAGGCUACAUAUUUGAUACUAGAUGCAUCAGUAAACAAUACACUUCCCAUUGAUGUUCGUCAAUCAUGUCUACUUCAUUUGAAACGGUUGGUGCCCAAAUUUUGGUCAAUGGGGUUUUCAUCGUUUAUUGGACCACCAAUUGACCAAGAAUUGAAGAAAGUUAUUAGGACAAAAUUAUUGGAGUUGGUUUUAGGGUCUGGAAAUUCCAAAAUUAGAAACGGUGCCGCUUACGCUAUUGUUCAGAUUGCGUCAGUGGACUAUCCUGAUGAGUGGCCAGAUUUGAUUAAUCAGUUAUACUCCGCAGCUUCUGACUUGACUAAUGAGGAAGCGAUGUUGGGUGGUUUGCAAGUGUUGACUGACUUGGUUGAUGAUUUGAUUACUGAAGAGCAGUUCUGGGAUGGAGGUGUAGGCAUUGGUAUCAACAAUCACUUAAAUCAAAUCUUACAUAGCUCUGGGGUUGCUAUUCCAGUAAAGAACCAAGCAUUGAAGUUGUAUGAAAACGUAUUGGCUGUAUUUCAAAGCCCUGAGGCAUUUGCUAAUGCCAAUAGGAAGGAGACUGUUCUUCAACAAGUGAACGCAACUUCGGAGAUAUUGUUAAACUUGAUAAAGUCACAUGGUGUCAACUUGGUUCAAUUGGAUUUCAAAAGCAACCUUUUCAAGGUUAUUGGUUCUAUCAUUGGCCAUUUUCACCAACGAAUCUCAAAAGAGCUUAAACAGAGCGUUUUGAUAGCUACUUUACAAAACUUGCAUUUGUUGGCUCCAGUCUACAAUGAUGUGGCUUUGAAUACUUAUGACGCGCCUGAGUUUUCUGAGUUGGAUGCACAAGAAGUGCUUAAUACUGUAAUUUAUAACUUGUUCAACACGAUAGCUAGUAUUCAACAUGACGUGCUGAUUUCACAAGUGAGCUCAAUAGGUGAAUUUUAUAAAGAUGCAGUUGUUUGCACAGCGUUGCCGAAGGACCGAUUGGAGGAAUAUGCAGACGACCUCAACCUGUAUGUCAGUGAUGUUACUGGUUUGUCAGUAGCUAUAAAUCCGCGUGAUGCAAUAAUUGAUUUAUGGGGUGAAUUGAAUGAAACCGAUGCUUGUGAAAUUUGCAACUUGAUCAAUGAGCUGUUUUCAAGUGAUGAGAGAAUAUUGGAGGCGGAGCUUUACACGUUGGAAGGGUUGUUGUCCAAUGACGUACAAUUACCCGAAACUCCACUAAACACAUUGCUAUCGUUUAUAAAAUACGACCAAAGGAUAGUGGCAUCAAGGUGCAUUUUGUUAUUACCCAAGUACUUUGAAAACUUUAUGGAAAAGGAAGCGAAAAGGGUAUUUGCUGAUAUUCUUUUGUUUGCGGAAAAGGGUAACUCUUUGAUUCAAAUGUCCACGCUUGUCAGCUGUAGCUAUUUCCAACAAGUAAUUGAGUUUUCUACCUUGGAAAGCACGCUACAAUUGAUCAUCUUCAAACUUGCAUACGCAUUAUUAGAUGAGUGCGAAGAAGAUGGGCUCCCUGUUUUGUUGGAGGCAGUCACGCUGGCAAUUUCGAUUAAUCCAAAGCUUGCAUCGGAGCAAAACAUUGUGUCCCGUGUCAGUGUGGUGGAUGUUGUUUUCAAGAUUGCUUUUAAGGAUCCAGCAAACGUGCAAUUGAUAUCAGACUCAUCUGAUUGUUUGACUGCAUUGUUACAAAACAUUGACACCCAAGACUACAUAAGUGUUUGCGAAAAGUCGUUGCCGUUUAUAUUUGAAAUCAUGGAGAAGAGCAAUGGUGAAUACACACCCCAAUUAUACUUGAGCUUAGAGCUUCUCAGCAUCAUUAUAAAAUCUUCCCCCGGUGAGCUACCACCAAGGAUAUUCGAAUACGCAUAUCCCAUAUUGCAGAAUGUUUUACUUCGAUCAUCAGAUGAUCAAGUACUUCAAAGUGGAGGUGAAGUGUUUGAUGAAUUGAUUAGAAAGGCGUCAAAAUUGUUUGUAAAUUACAAAGAUCCUUCAACUGGUGUCUCUGGGCUUGAAUCAAUGAUGCAGCUUGUUUCAAAAUUUUUGUCACCCCAAUUGUCUGAUAGCGCUGCAAACAAGUGUGGGUUAAUAGUUGCAUCACUAGUGAAUGAAUUCCAAGACUAUUUGUCACCCCAGCUAUUAGUUCAAAUACUAGAGGCAACUGUUAAUAGACUUGUUAUUGCCAAAGAAUCUAUCACGAUUGAAAACUUGAUUACGGUAUUUUGUCAACUAGUGCUCAAGUCUCCCGAAGAUACGAUAAAUUUCUUGAGCAGUAUGGUGGUGAACGAGAAACUGGGAUUAGAAGCUGUUGUACCUAUUUGGUUCGAGUCUUACGAAGUUACUCGAGGGUUUGAUCAAAUCAAGCAAAACUCUUUAGCCUUGGGUAGAAUAUUUACAUUGGGUGACCCAAGAAUUGCCAAUUUGACUGUGAAUGGGGAGAUAAUUCCAUAUGAUGGCGAUUUGAUCAUAACAAGAUCCAUGGCCAAAACAAUGCCUGAUAAAUAUACCCAAAUUUCAGCCGCUUUGAAAAUACUUAAGCUUUUGGUUAGUGAGUUGCAGUUCCAAUGCCAACAGCCCAGUGCUGGCGAUUUCACCCAUGCAGGAGAGAACAAUGAAGCUCAAGUUGAAGAAGAAGAUGAUGAUGACGAAGGUUGGGAGGAUAUGGAUGAUAUUGGAGUGCCCAAUUUCGCAAAGUUGAAGUCGUAUGUGGACGACGAUCACAAGGACAGACCUGAAGAUGAUAGUUUGAAAUCAUUGUUGGUGGAGUUUUUCAGAGAAUGCACUAGUAAGAACUUGGGCAAUUUCAGUCAUUACUAUGAAGAGUUGAACGAUAAUGAGAAAAAGAUUGUUGGUGAAUGUCUUAUAUUUUAG